CGCCCGCUGGCAGGGGCGCCGGGAGGGCAGCCGGGCGGGCGGCACCCGCUCGCUUCCAUCUCGCCGUUCCUCACCUCGCGGCCUGCCGCUCCCUCAGGGCGCUGAGCGCGGCUGAGGGCCGGGCCGGGGAGCGGCCUCAGCCCUGGCCGCCCUGUCCUUCCCGCUGGGGGAAGGCACCAGCUCUCCGCUGAAAUCUCUGUGAAGACAUAAGAGAGGAGAGCCUUUUUGGAGGGGAGGGAGCCUUCAAGCCGUUUUCCGACCUGACUUGGUGAAGGCGAGGUUUGGGGGGGACAUGUGGUGGCCCCCCUGGGUGGCCGCCUGGCUCGCGUGGGCCUGUGGGGCCGGGCGCCCGGCCCGUGUCUGCGCCGCCCGCGGGCUCUGCCGGGCCCCUCUCGGCCCGAACGCCUCGCACCCCGCGCCCGGGCCCGGGCCCCGCCGGCGGGACGGCUCCGCGUGGACCCUCUCCUCCGGCAGCCUCCUGGAUCCUUUUCCAGUUGAUGCGAUCCAGGAAAAUUACGUCCGUAACGUGAGAAAUUGCAUUUUUUCAGUUGUCUAUCCUACACCUUUUAAAUCUAGGGUUCGUCUUGUAGCUGUUUCAAAGGAAGUUCUUGAAAAUAUUUUGGAUCUUGAUAUAGCUGUCAAAGGAACAUCUGAUUUUCUUCAGUUCGUCAGUGGUGGGAAAGUGAUACUUGGUUCAGUUCCACUGGCCCAUAGGUAUGGGGGUCAUCAGUUUGGUAGCUGGGCAGGUCAGCUGGGUGAUGGAAGAGCCCACUUGAUCGGAGUAUAUACGAACAGGCAUGGUGAGAGGUGGGAACUACAGUUAAAAGGGUCAGGAAAGACCCCAUACUCCAGGAAUGGUGAUGGAAGAGCUGUGCUUCGCUCUUCUGUGCGAGAAUUUUUGUGUAGUGAGGCCAUGCACUAUCUUGGAAUUCCUACAAGCAGAGCUGCUAGCUUAGUUGUAAGCGAUGAUGAUGUGUGGAGAGACCAGUUUUACAAUGGAAAUAUUAAAAAAGAAAGAGGUGCUAUAGUGCUACGUCUUGCCAAAUCAUGGUUUCGUAUUGGAUCUUUAGAAAUCUUAGCUCAUUCUGGGGAACUGGACUUACAAAGAAGAUUGCUAGACUUUAUAAUCCAGGAACAUUUUCCAUCAAUAGCCAUGAAUGAUUCAAAUAGAUAUCUGGAAUUUUUCUCUACAGUCGUAUCAGAGACUGCAAAUCUGAUUGCACUGUGGAUGUCUGUGGGGUUUGCACAUGGUGUGUGCAAUACAGAUAACUUCAGUUUAUUAUCCAUAACAAUAGAUUAUGGUCCUUUUGGAUUUAUGGACUCCUAUGACCCAAAUUUUGUUCCAAACACAUCUGAUGAUGAAAGGAGGUAUAAAAUUGGAAACCAGGCAAAUGUUGGGCUGUUUAAUCUGAGCAAGCUGUUACAGGCUCUAAAACCUUUAUUGGAUUCCAGGCAAAAGCAGCUAGCUUCCCAGAUUUUGGAGGGAUAUGGUGAACUCUAUUACAUCCGUUUCACAGAACUAUUCAAAACAAAAUUGGGUCUUCUUGGGGAGACUGAGGAUGAUAACUAUUUGAUUGCUUUCCUCCUAAAACUUAUGGAAGAUACAAAGGCUGAUUUUACAAUGACAUUUCGACAUCUUAGUGAAAUAACUGAAGACCACUUAAAGGAGCUCUAUAUUCCUGAGGAGUUCUGGGCUCUCCAGGAUCUGAGUAAACACAAGUAUUUUUCAGAAUGGGUUACUAUGUACCUCUUGAGAUUAAAUCGUAACAGGAGUGAUUCAGACACCAAGAGAAGAACACGAAUGACAACUGUUAAUCCUAGAUACAUACUUAGGAAUUGGAUGGCAGAAUCAGCAGUGCAAAAAGCUAAUUUGAAUGACUUCUCAGAGGUUCAUCUCCUACAGCAGAUUUUACAACAUCCCUUUCAGAGACAGCAGGCUGCAGAGGAAGCAGGCUACUCCCUGCGCCCCCCAGCUUGGGCCAAGGAUCUUAAAGUAAGCUGUUCAUCCUGAUGGAAAUUUGAACAAGCAAGAAAAAUGAUCAAGGUCGAAGCUCAGGCUGUCAAAUAGGAUUAAUGGAUCAAGCCGCAGGAGCUGUUUUCCGUUAUACUUUGUGGACUGGAAUCUGCUAGUCUGCUAGGCAAGAAAAGGUCUUGACUAAGUUUAUAAAGCCUAAAGUUUAAAGAAAUGGACCAAUAUGUGUGAUUGCGUUAGCAAAUUAUAUUGAUAUGUUUAACCCUGCCCUUCCUGUACAGCUGUGCAUUAAUUUGAGUCCCAAUAUUUAAGUUCUGUCGGACUGUCACGUUAAACCUCUCGGAAUUCAUGGCUGAUCAGGUGGGGUCUCCAUAACUUUUAAUGGCUGGUCAAUUUGAAGACCCAUCUAGUUUUAAUCAUACAGUAUUUUGAUGAAUGUUCUCCUUGCUGUUACACACUGUUCAAAUAUAAUUGUAUCCUGAAGUCAUAAAUGUUCUUAAGUCUUUUGCAGAGUUUGAACAGAGGAUCAUCUUACGCUUAUGCCUUGACACCUUUUCUCUUUUUGACCUUGUCUUGUCCCAUUAAACUGCCAACAGAGAUUUAAAGGAAAUUCAGUUAAAUAGUGAGCAAAGAUGUCUGCUUGGGAGUGACUUGCCCAAAAAUAAAUUUUGGUGUCUUUGCCAGUGGCAGGUGCCUGUCAAGCCUGGCCCACUGCUCUUUGAACAUGUAUCUUUUGAUAGCAGUAGAAAGAUUGUUGGUGCAUGGAUAUAAUGCCUCUGGAAAUUUUCACUGGUUGGGCAUGGAAAAGGACUUUCUUGGAAGUAUCUCACUACAUAUAUAGUCAGGUCAAUACACCUUUUGUGUACUGACGCUGUAAGGGACUAACAAAAAAUCUUGCAGGGAAAGUAUUUAAAAUUCAACUGAGGCUGUUAGAUAGAAGUGCUUUGAGUAACAGAGAGACUAGGCUUUGAGUCCUGGGUCUUGUCAUUUAUUCUUGUUUGAUACUCUAAUCCCACAAAACUUAGUGUAUAAUUAAGACGGAAUUAAUACACAAGCAGCCAGGUCCAAUGUUAUGCUAGAAAGUUUACAGCAAAAAUCACUUAUCUGGGGGCUUUGUUACUUCUUGACAUGACCUUGUGUCUUCCCAAAUCAAAAACUGGUUGUUUUAGGAUCUCCACAUUUCUCGAGUGCCAUCUGACUCUGAAAUAGAGGCUAUUAAGUGGUAUAAUUAGCAUUUUACAAAUCUAUUUCUAGAAAUACAAGUAGCAUGGAAAAAAAAUAUAUUGUUGGUAAUCUUUCAGUGACUAAAGGAUAUUUGAAUGUCUUUUUUUCGUAACUAUGAUCAACACGAUUAUUGAGGAUAGUUUCCCCUCAGAUCUGCAGCUGUUCAACUAGAAAUACAGUUGUUCAAAUGUAAAUAGCAGUAUCAUAAUGUGAGGAACAAUAUAGAUAUUUAAAUACGAUUUUCUGAAAAUCCAGUCUGAAGUUUAAGCAAUUUACAGAAGUUCAGCCUGGGUUACCGUUGCUUGUGCAGGUAGCAAGUGCUCUUCUGCAACCACUGGGAUUAGUGUUUGAGGUGGCAACAGCUCCAGGUACAAGGAGUGGGCUGCUGGCAGGGUCUGUAGAAGCCCUUCAGCAGUGGGCUGCGUUCCCAACCGAUAGAAGCAUUGGUGUUUCCACAUGUCUCUUCUCAGAUAAUUACAAGCAAAAUAGAAUGUUGUGAUGGAAUCUGUGAACAUCGAUGUUACCAAGUGCAGUGGAAUGAGGUACACUGCAAAUAAGUGAUGAUUUGAAGAUGAACGUAUUUGUGCCCCCAGGGUAAUUACAGCAGCACUGCAACUUGGGCCCUGGUUUCCGAUUAGGUGAAAGAACUCUAGUUUAUGUUGAACCAAAGAUCCGGUAAGUUUUUGUGUGUGGGACAAACAUGGCUGCUUGUACAUCUUUACCUCAUGGAAUAAUUGCAUAAAUACAGAGCAUUUUUAUACUGCUUUUCCCUUCAUAAAUGUUAAAUCCUAUUAGUGACAGUAGCAAGUGGUCCUCUGUUUCACCCAUAGUUACAGGUAAGGAACGCCUCCAGCAUCACGAGAUAAAACCAGACCAUCCCAAAUGGGAGCUGUUUUACAAGCAGUGUUAUGGACUGCCCACUUUGCUCAUUGUGAGGCUUUUCCCAGGUUCUUGAGAAACAUCUGAAAGAAUGAAGCAAGCCCUGAAAAUUGGUUUCACAUAUUCCUCUGGCUGCAGAGAGUAGGUCAGCUGCUUCUCCAGGAGUUCAUUCAUGAACUCAGUCAUGUCCUCUUUCCUUCAUUUAUGUGAAAGCAAAUCUCCGUUAUUUUUUCCCCCUAGUUUUAUCAUGCAGUUUACAUCACCUGUUUUUAGUAACUAUACUGAUUUCAUAAGUCAGUACUGACUGUUAAUGGCAAACUGCCUUAGAGUAUUUCACAAGAUCAUGAGAAUUCAUAAUUCUUAAUGCUAAUGAAUCUCUUCUGUUCUGUCUCCCUCAAACAGAAUAUGCAUGUUUUCCAGUUACUGUGAGACUGUCAGUGAUAACCCAUAAAUAAUAGUUCUGUCCUAUAGUUUUGCCAUGCGAUCCAUUUAAGUUUCUAUGUUUCCACUCUCAAAGUCCCUGACAAAGGCUGUGAAAACACAUGAAUAAUACAGUUAUCUCAACGCUACCUUUUGACUAUGUUUUGUAAAAGCAGAGAAAUGAGCCUACAUCAUGCUCAGUAUUUUGUACAACCUCUUUUUCCACUUCUAGGUUGUUACCAUCAUGGUUUAUUAUGACAAUGUAAGCAUUAAUACUGUGUUUCUUGAUAUACUCCCUGAAAUCCUUGGCUUCUACCUGUGGUUCUGGAGCUGCCUCUUCCUUCACAUUACAUAAACACAGCAGUGAUGCAAAAGCAAAUGGAGAAUAAAAAUACUGUGGCUGGUAACCAAA